AGAAAACUGCAUAAAUUGUGCUUCAACUUUGUCAAGCUUUCAUAUUGUGGUUCGCGUUCGUUGCUUGCACAGCUUUUAUCCGUUUCAAGUUAUAACUAGUUAUAACAACAAUCAUGUCCGACGAAGAAGUUCAGGCCCUUGUUGUAGACAAUGGUUCCGGUAUGUGUAAAGCUGGUUUCGCUGGUGACGAUGCACCAAGAGCUGUAUUCCCUUCAAUUGUUGGACGACCUCGUCAUCAGGGUGUCAUGGUUGGUAUGGGUCAGAAAGACAGUUAUGUCGGUGAUGAAGCUCAAUCGAAACGUGGUAUUCUCACCUUGAAGUAUCCCAUUGAACACGGUAUUGUCACCAAUUGGGAUGAUAUGGAGAAGAUUUGGCAUCAUACCUUCUACAACGAAUUACGUGUCGCCCCUGAGGAACAUCCUGUCCUUUUGACUGAGGCUCCAUUGAAUCCGAAAGCCAAUCGUGAGAAGAUGACACAAAUUAUGUUCGAGACAUUCAAUACACCAGCGAUGUAUGUGGGUAUUCAAGCUGUCCUGUCAUUGUAUGCCUCCGGUCGUACAACUGGUAUUGUGUUGGACUCUGGUGAUGGUGUCACUCACACUGUGCCAAUCUACGAAGGUUAUGCUCUUCCACACGCUAUCCUACGUUUGGAUCUUGCUGGUCGUGAUUUGACUGACUACCUGAUGAAGAUUUUGACUGAACGUGGUUACAGCUUCACAACAACUGCCGAGAGAGAAAUCGUUCGUGAUAUCAAGGAGAAGCUGUGCUAUGUUGCCUUGGACUUUGAACAAGAGAUGGCCACUGCUGCAUCAAGCUCAUCUUUGGAGAAGAGUUAUGAACUGCCCGAUGGUCAGGUCAUCACUAUUGGUAAUGAACGAUUCCGUUGUCCUGAGGCAUUGUUCCAACCAAGUUUCUUGGGUAUGGAAUCUGCUGGUGUCCACGAGACCACCUUCAACUCGAUCAUGAAAUGUGACGUUGAUAUUCGUAAAGAUUUGUAUGCGAACACUGUGUUGUCUGGUGGUACAACCAUGUUCCCUGGUAUUGCUGAUCGUAUGCAGAAAGAGAUCACCGCCUUGGCGCCAAGUACAAUGAAGAUUAAGAUUGUUGCUCCACCUGAGAGGAAAUACUCCGUCUGGAUUGGUGGUUCUAUUCUCGCCUCACUGUCCACCUUCCAACAGAUGUGGAUCUCGAAACAAGAAUAUGAUGAAUCUGGUCCAGGUAUUGUUCAUCGUAAAUGCUUCUAAGUCGCUUUAACCUUGUAUAAACAGAAAUCAUUUAUGAAUUAUUAUUAUUAUUGCUACUAUUUACCUUUGAUCGUUAUCCGCUCAACAAAGUUAUCAAAAUAAAAUUUAUCUUAUCCACCCUUAUUUCGACUUGUUUUGUUCCUUUCUCUUUCUGCCCCGAGGUGUAGACUUAUGUAUUAUGUGGAAUUAAGGCGUUGUUUCUAAAUCAGGAUUAGAUACGCCGACAGUGGAAUAGGAGGAACGUCUACGAAGUUUGCGAAGAAGGUCUGAGUGGAGUCGAUACCCGGUUAUUCAAGGUACUCUUGAAAAAUGCUCUUAGUGUGGCGACCGGUGUGAGUCUAACAUACCUUGUGUAAGAGAAAAAUUCGUUAGCAUAUGUAAAACUUUGGCACUAUGGUACUAUGAAAUUUCGUAUUACUUUUUUUACUAAAUAUAUCGUGGUAUUAUUUAUUACUCCCUUGGGUUCCCAGCUGGACACAGGGUCUCAUCAGCACUUCUCCAUUUUGUCGUGUUCUUUUCAGCUGAACCCAUAGUUGCUCAUAAGCUUUCAAAUCACACAAUGAAAUAGUAUUAUUAUUUAGUGGAUGAAAAAGCUUCGGACAAAAUUUAUUAUGGUUAAUAAUCAUAAUAAUUUUAACAGCUCUGCUUUGAAACCUCCGUUUCAUAGUUUUCUGCAUUCCUUCCCUUCCGUCGUGGGGGUUGUAAAAUUUUCAGAAUGUCCAGGUUGGACAGUUGUCACACGUAUUCUCUCAGUUGAUUCGACAAAUAGAGCUUCCGUUAUCAAUCUCUCCCUCUACCCUGUUAUAUAAGAUUUUAGUACUGUCAACUUAUCACUAUAAGGUUGUGUGUAAUUGCAUAUAUUGCUAUAGCUGAACUAUUCUUCAAAUUUCUUAUUUUAUUAGGGUCAACUAAUCCAGAUUUUGCUGGGUUUUUAUGCUCCUCUUGUCUGACUGAUCCCGUUCUACUACUGUGACCUGACAAUCAUUGCGGGUUGUUAGAUAAACUAAAUUGUGUGUGUGUUAAAUUGGCUUCACAGGAUCCUUGAAA